ACUUGACGAUAGAGGGCUUGAGUUUAGUAUAAAAGAUCUUCAAGGUAAAUUUUAAAGGGGAUUGUUUAGUGUAGAAGGUAACGAAGAUAUAGUGAGUUUCGCGAAUGUAGGGGUAUAGUAUAUUACCAAGCAUCAACUAAUUUGGAUUUCAUAAGGAGAAAUUUAUAUAUGACAAUCUAAGAAGUUGUUGCUAGGCAAUUACUUACAAAAUAUUUUCUGUGUUUUCUAACAACUGUUUCGAACUUAAGCUAUACACAGUAAAUGUAUGGGCAUACCACAUUUUAUACUAAUUUUAGGGGAAUUGUGACAUAGUUUAUCAUACUUCAUAAUUUUAUGGGCUUACAUGAACUAUGGCCUAAUUAAACUUUGGGACCUGACAGUAACAUACAUGAAGUAGCCAUGUAUUAGCAAGGUUCAUUCUUCCAGAAAGCAUUUUUGUUUGUCUGAGAAGAGAAAGAAACAAUCAACUGCUAGCUACGAGAGACAGAAAAUCAAUCGUUGACCAGUGAAUCAAGAACCAUUAAUUUAGACAUACUCAUUUUGGAUAUUAGUUUUGAUUACUACAGUUCAUGUGCUUGAAACAACAAAGACGUGACACUUUCAGAAAAACUUGUGACUGCAUUUGAUCAGUAGUUCCACAACACAGAAAAAGAGAACGAAAAUGGAUGUUCCUAUGGAAGAUCAUCAAACUGAGAGUGAAUCAAAAACUGACAUUAAAGAAUCUGAAAAAUAUCAGUGUGAUUUAAGUGCAAACCUAGAAAUAUGUUAUAAAUGUAAUAUACCAACUGCAAUAGACGAAAUUGAGAAAAACUCUAGACAUGCAGAUAACACUGACUUUAAUGUUCCCAGUCAUGAAAUUCAUAAGAAAAAUGAUUCUCAAGACUUAAAUAUUGGUAAUGAAGAAACAAGUACCAACUGUGCCAGUCAAGAAUACAUGUGCAAAAACAACAAUAUUGGUAUUGAUAAGCCUUACUUUUCUGGUUUUGAACAAUCCAGGAUCGAGACUGACUUGAUGAAAAAUUCUACCAGUGUCUCUAAUGGAAUUGGAAGUAAUGGUGAUGAUCUCAAAGGUAUAAAAAUUGAAAAUGCAAAAAAUGUUUUUAAAGACAUGACUUGUGGACCUGAUAUUAGUGGUGAAGCUUUAUGUGAAGUUGCAACUAAAGAGAAUUUGCUGUUUUUGGUUGAAAAAAACAUGCAAAAUAAAGCUUCAAAGAGCGAAGUCAAAAGUGAGGAAGAGACUUGCAGUGAUUGUCCUGUCAACAACAAAAAUAUGAUGAGAAAUCUUCAUAUUGAAAAUGCUCAUGUGGACAACGGUAUUGUUCAUAAUCACUUGCCUGGAGAAUUAACAAAUGAAUAUAAUAAGAAAGAGGCAAUUAACCAUUAUGCAGAUUCUAGUGAAUUAAAGCAAAAUGAUGUGUCAGUAAAGAAUGUGAAUUUUUCAACUGAUUGUUCUCAUGUGGAAAAAGGUAGGAAGAUUGAACUGCCAUCUCAAGAAAUACAAAAGCCUAUAGUGAAUUUAGCAGAAGAAAGUGAUAAAAAUGUAAAUAACAUUGGUAGUUCCUCAAAAAUUCAGCCUUUAACUUCUGCAAUAAUUCCAGUUUGUCAAAAUAGUAGUUACUUAGAAAACAAACAAGAAUGUAAUUAUACAUUACAAAAAACGUUCCUUAAACAACCGUCACAGAAAGAUAAUGUGUUAGUAAGUCCUAAAAAGAAUGAUCAAAGCAAUAUUGAAGAAAAAGGCCUAUCUACUGACAUAAAGUUAAAAGUUAAUGAAAAUGUCCAGAAGCUAGUUCUAAGACCAGUGUCUGUGAUCAUAAAGAGAUCAGCAUACCUGGAGAACUACAUUAAGGAAAACAAAAUUAAUAGCAGUACCAAGAAUAAUAAAAAAAUAGAUACUUAUAUGUUACUCAGUGAUAAUGAAAAAACAUUAUCAGUCAACAAGAAAACAAGUUUGGUUGAUGAAUCACAAGCAGAAAAUCAGAUUUUGAAGAGAGAAAUUACUUAUUCUUGUUCUGUGUGUUUCUUCACUACUACUGAUGAGGGAAAUUUUACACGUCACAUAAGAGAACAUCCUAUCAACAUGCUUACAUCGUGGUGCAAAGAAUGUCACAAAAUGUUUAGAAAUUUUAAAGGAUUACUUCACCACAUACAUAGUAAAUGUUCUGGAUCAUUUGGUAGAGUGAUAAAAUGUGGUGUUGCCUCUUGUAGUUUUGAAACCAAAAGCCCACAACAAUUCUACCACCACAAUAGAUUUAAACAUAGAGGAGCCUUAAAACUGAACUGCAGUACAUGUGAUAAGUUUUUCUCAACACCACAAUGUUUGGUUCUCCAUGUACAAGAUGAAUGCUUGAAAAAUGUUGACAACCAACUUAAAAAAAAAUAUGAAACCCUGGAAUAUGUAGAAAAAAAACAAGACUCUGUGUCUAAAGUUAUUAAUGAUUCUCCAGGUAAGUUAAAUGUUACUGAGCAAAUUUCAGAUGAGAUUGCAGAUCUUGAUACAAGUUGUCAAAAAGAUACAAAAGGUCCUUUUUCAACUCUUGCAACUGACUCUAAAGAUAAUCCAGAUGAUCCUAAAUGUCUCUCGGAUUCUGAUUCAAAUAGCAUGGGAGAUAAUGUUAAAGGGCAGACAAGUGAGAAAGAAAAAAUAGCUGUGAAAUCUUUGAAUUCUUCUUCCCUAAAAAGUCGGAAUAUCAUCCACACGUCACAUUUACAUUCUGAAUGUCAAUCUAAGUCCAUUCCAACCACAUUAGUGUUGAGUAAGUCUAUAAAAGUUGAACAAACAGGCAAUAGUAAGGGUUUUCCUAUUAUACAACCAUCUGCAUCAAAGGGUAACUCUCUCUUGAGUAGUGUACCUUCACUAGAAAAAGAACAAGACUUUGUGUCAAAAGAUAUUAAUGAUUCUCCAGGUAAGUUAAAUGAUACUGAGCAAAUUUCAGACGAGAUUGCAGAUUCUGGUACAAAUUGUCAAAAAGAUACAAAAAGUCCUCCUUUAACUGUUGCAACUGAUUCUGAAGAUAAUCCAGAUGAUCCUGAAUGGAUUCCUGAAUGUUUCUUAGAUUCUGAUUCAAGUAGCAUGGGAGAUAAUGUUAAAGGGCAGACAAGUGAGAAAGAAAAAAUAGCUGUGAAAUCUUUGAAUUCUUCUUCUCUAAACAGUCAGAAUAUCAUCCACACGUCACAUUUACAUUCUGAAUGUCAAUCUAAGUCCAUUCCAACCACAUUAGUGUUAAGUAAAUCUACAAAAGUUGAACAAACAGGAAGUAGUGAGGAUUCUCGUACUUUACAACCCUCUGCAUCAAAGGGUAACUCUCUCUUGAGUCAUUUACUUACUGUACCUCCAUGUACAAUGAAUCUAGUGGUUCAAAAUGGAACUACAAGUAAGCAGUUGCUUCAUGUCCGUAGUGUAGCUUCUACAUCUACUAGCAUCAUGAAUAGCAAUUUGACUAAUAUUUCAACAACUGUUAAAUCUCCUCGGGUUUAUCCAGAUCAUGAUGGCCAAUAUGGUAUCAAAAGUGCUGCUGUUUCACAGAUGUCAACAGUUCAGAACUUAGUUGUCUUACCCCAAUUAAGUAAUACAGUUUUACUUCAAGCAAGAACAUUUCCUCAACCCGAAAAUCUUUUCAUCUCCAGUCCUCAGAAUUAUAUUAGUUCUUGUAGUCCGCAACUUGUAUUUGUACCAACUUCAAAUAUCCUUCUGCCAGUUCCCACUUGUUCAAUUUCAACAAGUACUAAUUUAAAAUAUAAUCUUGUACCCUCAACCACAAACCUUCAGUAUCGACAAGUUCAUUCAAUAUCGAAACCUCUAUUUACUACAAAUAAGCCUAGGAGAAAUGUUUUAGACAAGGAAAUGACACUUGGUGCUCAUUCAAGCACAACUGAGGUAAGUGAAAAUUUAAGUAAACGAAUUAUCUGUGAAAAAAAUGAAACCCCCAAAAAACAGUUAUGCAAUAAUUCACCAAUUAUCACUAUAGAUGAUAAUGAAAAAAUAUCAAGUAAAUUGCCAUGUCCAGAAGAUAAAAGUAAUGAGUCAAAGGAGUUAAUUAUUAUUGUGGACAGUGAUUCAGAAGACAAGCAGAGUGAUGAAAAAAUCAGAAUAUGUAAAGAACAACAGUUAAAUCAGAAGACAAGCAACAGUUGCUCUGGAAAUGUGAUCAUGAAUAGAGAUGAUGAUUUACAAAGUAAUUGUGAUUUGAUGAAAAGAAAUGAUGAUCCUGAAAACAUAAGUGAUAAAAACAAAAUUCAAAACUCUCCAUCUUUGGAAACAUGUGAAAAUAAAACAAAUUUAUCCGAAGAUUUUGAGCAUGGUGAUUUGGUGAUAGAUUUAGACAGUGAUUCAAAAGAGAACCAUUUUAAGAAAAACUCUCCUCCUGAAGUUCCGUCUCUGGAUAUGCGGGUUGAAGAAGAUAAUGAACCUAUAGUUUUGAAAACAUUGUCCACCGAAUUACAAAAUCAUCCAGUGUCUUCUCAUUUAAGUUUAUCACUAGAUGUCGAAGAAGAAAAUUUUGACUACCGUCCUUCUAAGUUAUUUAUGGAUAAAUCAAAUCUUUCUUCUUCUGCUUUGAAUGAAAAAGUAAUUAAUUUCAGUGAUGGAGAAGAUUACAAAACUCGUAUCUCUGAAAGAACAACUCAGCUGAGAGAAAAUGCUGAACAUAUUGUAUCUACUAUACUUGGUCUAAAUGUUAAACAGUGUGUAAAAGAAAUAAGUUCAAACUCAACAGAAUCCACAAAAGGAACUAACCAUUUGUCAGCAGAUAAAACAAGACUGGAAUUUAACAGUGAAAAAGGAGUGCAGAUGGGAGUGUAUGUAAAUACAGAUUGUAGAGAAAGACCACUAGAAAGAACACAUGUGUCUUUGCCUUCUGAUAAAGAAACAUUUGUUAAUACAGUUGCAAAGACACCACAGUCUAAUAGCGUUUCUCUGCUGCCCUAUCAGAAAACCUAUGUUACGGAGACAAAAGCAGAAGGAAGUAAGAGUGUGCAUGCUCAUUUGGACAGCAGAAGUUUCAUUGAAUCACCAAAAACAUUGGAAAAUAAAAAUCUUAAAAUAUCAACAGACUGUAAUAACAUUUUAACUGGCUCACAUUCUAAUUGUCAAGUGACAGAAAAAAUUGAUCUUGACAAGUUGUAUAGUUCUGAACAGCCAUCAGGGGUGGCUACAGUAUGUAGCAGAAGAAUUAGCAGCCAAGUUACACCACCAAAGAAAACUGCAGAGAAACUUUCAACUGCAGUGACUGCUGUAUCAAGUAGUCCUACAACUCAGUUUAUGAAUCCUAAGUUUCCAUGUGUAAAAAAUUCAUCAAUUCUACAAAAAAAUAAUUUACUUCCAAGAUUUUCUCCAAACCAAAAAUUAACCAUUGAAAAGGCUAUUAAUCAAAAUGAAGUAUGUGCAAAAUAUCCUACUUUAAAUCAGCCUUCAUACAUUUUGCCAAAAAUGCCCAAGGUUGAUUCUAAUUUUCCAACAUUUUUAAUAUCUUCUUCACAAGCACCUGGCAACCAUAACACAAAUGGUAAUAAUAUUUUAACUGGCUUACAUUCUCAACUUAAGUUGCUUAGUUCCAAACAACCAUCACAGGUUACCACAGUAUGUAGCAGAAGAGUUAGCAGUCAAAUUACAUCACCACAGAAAACUGCAGAGAAAGUUUCACCUGCAAUAACUGCUGUAUCAGGUAGUUCCAGCAACUCUGUUUUUGAAUCCUAAGUUUCCAUGUGUAAAAAAUUCAUCAACUGGUCAAAAGAAA